CUUCGCUUUUCGUGCGCGCUGCAGUUUCCUGUGAAGGCUUGAUGCAGGAGAGAGCCAUGGCGGCCACUGAGAUAGCUCGACAAGCGGGAGAAGGUGCACGUGGCGUCCCACUCUCUGGUCAUGUUGGCUUCGACAGCAUGCCGGACCAGCUGGUCAACAAGUCCGUCAACCAUGGCUUCUGCUUCAAUAUUCUCUGCGUGGGCGAGACUGGUUUGGGAAAGUCCACCCUCAUGGACACCCUGUUCAACACCAAAUUUGAGGGUGAACCUACACAGCACAAUCAGCCUGGAGUUCAGCUCAAAUCCAAGACUUACGAGCUGCAGGAGAGCAACGUUCGUCUCAAGCUCACUGUGGUCAACACUGUAGGCUUUGGAGAUCAGAUCAACAAAGAGGACAGUUACAAAUCUAUUGUGGAGUUCAUCGAUGCUCAGUUUGAAGCAUACCUUCAGGAGGAACUGAAGAUUAAACGCACCCUACACAGUUAUCAUGAUACACGGAUCCAUGCCUGUCUGUAUUUCAUUGCUCCCACUGGACACUCGCUAAAGUCCCUUGACCUGGUUACUAUGAAGAAGUUGGACAGUAAGGUGAAUAUCAUCCCUAUCAUCGCCAAAUCAGAUGCCAUCUCAAAGAGUGAACUUGCUAAGUUCAAAAUUAAGAUCACAAGUGAGUUGGUGAGCAAUGGCGUCCAGAUAUACCAGUUUCCCACUGACGAUGAGACUGUGGCAGAGAUCAACUCAACUAUGAAUGGUCAUUUGCCUUUUGCAGUGGUGGGAAGCACUGAGGAAGUGAAGAUUGGGAACAAGAUGGUGCGAGCACGCCAGUACCCUUGGGGAACCGUCCAGGUGGAGAAUGAGAAUCACUGUGAUUUCGUGAAGCUGAGAGAAAUGCUGAUCAGGGUCAACAUGGAGGACCUGCGAGAGCAGACUCACACUCGCCACUAUGAGCUAUACCGCCGCUGCAAGCUGGAGGAGAUGGGUUUCAAAGACACAGACCCUGACAGCAAACCCUUCAGCCUCCAGGAAACAUACGAGGCCAAGAGGAAUGAGUUCAUGGGUGAGCUGCAGAAGAAAGAGGAGGAGAUGAGGCAGAUGUUUGUCCAGAGAGUCAAAGAGAAGGAGGCAGAGCUGAAAGAGGCAGAAAAGGAGCUUCAUGAAAAGUUUGACCGUCUCAAGAAGCUUCACCAGGAUGAGAAGAAGAAACUAGAGGACAAGAAGAAGGCUCUUGAUGAUGAGCUAAACGGCUUCAAGCAGAAGAAGACGGCUGCUGAGCUGCUGCAGGCCCAGACCCUGCAGGCAGGGAGCUCCGCCACACUCAAGAAGGAUAAAGAGAGGAAAAACUUCUUUUAACUCUGUCUUGGCCACCUGUUGGAAGAGGGGAUUGCAGCUUCCACGAGAACUAAGCAUCCACUCUUCUUGUCUUUUUCACUCCGUCAGCCUUGUUUGAAUAUUUUGUUUAAUUGUUUUAAUUUUAUUUUUAAACUUUCAUGCUGUGUGCCCUGUUGAACAUGGCCUUAUGUGGGCUUAACAUGGUAUUUUUCAACAAAUAUUAGCUCUGUUUCCUAAUUAGGGCAUGCUAAGCAGUCCCUCAUUAGUAUUUUUACAGACAUCGUUUGCUGGUGACACCAGAUCCAAAGCUCUAGUAGAAAGGCUGUGAACUAAAGGAAUGCUUUGGAGUUUUUUCAGUUAAGCUUUUUAUGUCUAUGAUAUUGCCUUGCAGUCUCAAUCUGUUCAAUUAAACAAUAAUUUUGUUUCUUUCAUGAAUACAUGUGUUCGUGAAUGAACCUGCAUGUCCUCAUCAACAUUAACAUGGUGUUAACUGUGAGGAGCGAACGGAUACUAACUUAUUUGCAAACACUAUGUAUAAUUUAGGGUAUGAAUUAAGCGGAGUAAGAUUAUCUUUAAUAAGACUUGAAAACAUUUUGACACGCUGGCUGUGAAUUUUGAGAAAAUCCAAAGAAAAUGGGCCCGAAAGUUCCUGUUAAGCAAGAGAUGUUUAAUUGUAAUUUAAUUAGAAUCUUUAUUUGAAAGCAUGAGGUAAAUAUAAGCAAAAUCUGAGAGGUUUGUAUUGUAUGUUUUGUAAUGCCCUAUACAUUUCAAGUCGUAAAUAGUCGCACCAAUAUAGUCAUACACUUUAUUUAAAAUAUAAUCUUAAAGAAUAAUAACACCUAUUGAAAUACCAUGUAGGUCACAUUCAGUGCCACUUUUUAUAUUCUUUAUCUUCUGUUCUUUUGCAUGCCCUGAACAUAUUUUUGUUUAUAUAUGGAGUUAUUCUUUGCUUAGACAUAUGUACACUUUCUUUUUAUUACAACUUUAUUACAUGUAUUUAUUCCAGGUACAAUGUGCAGUUACAUUCAAUUCCCAUUUUGCCAAAUAUUGUAUUUAGAUAUGUCAAGGAGUUUCAGUCAUUUCAUUUAAAAUACGUCAGUUAUGAGGUACAGACAGUCAUGCAUACGUGCAGUACAUAUAAUUUAUAAGGACCUAUUUUGCUUAGCAAUGUCAAGACAUGUUUUAAUGAUUAAUUACAUUAUUGACAAGUGACUGUUUUCUGUGUGAAACAUUUUGGGUGUCAAGACUGGCCUACAUUUUUCUAGUCAUCUUCCAUAUUUUCCCCUUAAUGUCAAUUACCCCCACCCCUGUAAUACCAGAAAUUUGUGAAAUAUUUAACUGUAGUAAGAUUCCAUGGUGUACAUUUUCAAUAAAACAUUUAAAA